AUGAAGACGCCCAUUUCUGAAGAAGCUUCGCCAGCCGCAUCCAAUUCUACCACAGACGAUGCUGAUACAAAGCCCAAAAACGCCCUUCGCGGCUGGCGAUUCUGGGCUGUGUUCCCUGCCAUCUGUGUAACGUCUCUCCUGGCAGCUGUUGAAUCAACUGUAACUUCAACAGCGCUUCCAUUCAUCGUCCAUCAGCUCAACGCUGGUAGCGUCUAUGUCUGGUUUGUCAAUGUGUUUCUUCUCACCAGCACCGCGUUUUUACCGCUCUUCGGUCAGAUGUGUGAUCUCUUCGGCCGUCGAUGGAUGAUGAUUGGUGUAGUCUCCAUGUUUGCCCUUGGAAGUGGUAUAAGUGGUGGAGCUUCGAAUGCGGCUAUGCUGAUUGCCGGUCGCGCAGUUCAAGGAAUCGGUGGCGGAGGCAUCAAUCUCAUGAUUGAGCUCAUUAUUAGCGAUUUGGUGCCUCUUCGCCAGCGAGGUGCAUACAUGGGAGUUGUCUUUGCCAUAUUUUCGCUCGGUACUGCCCUCGGACCCUUUAUUGGCGGCGCCAUUGUCCAACGCACCUCGUGGCGAUGGGUUUUCUUCAUCAACUUACCUAUUGCUGGAGUAGCCCUGGUUCUUCAUGUCCUGUUUCUGCGAGUCAACUACGAUCGCCAAACAGCCAUUGCCAUAAAGCUCAAGAAAGUCGACUAUGUCGGCAAUGGAAUACUAAUCGUCAGCAUUGUGGCCGUCCUCGUUGCUUUAUCUUGGGGCGGCUCAAAGUAUGCUUGGUCGUCAUAUCAUAUCCUUGUUCCACUGUUGCUUGGAACUGUCGGCAUGGCCAUCUUCCACUGGUACGAGACCAUGCCGUGGGUCAAGAAUCCGACGCUUCCUCCACGAAUCUUCACUCGACGGACGCCAGCUGCUGCUCUGAUUAUUGCUUUCAUCAACUUCAUGCUGCUCUUUUGGGUCAUUUAUUUCCUUCCAAUUUAUUUCCAAGCAGUGCAGCGCAUGUCGCCCAUCAUCUCCGGUGUUGCAUUGCUUCCGACUGUUUUGCUUUCUGUUGUGACGGGUAUUGUUGCCGGUGUCAUCUUGACAAAGACUGGUCGAUACCGCCCGCUGCAUAUAGCCUCGUUUGCCUUGAUUACUUUAGGCUUUGGUCUUUUUACGCGCUUCAAUGCCUCUACGUCAAGGGCAGAGUGGAUUAUUGUGCAGUGUAUUCCCGCUAUUGGCUUGGGAACCAUGAUGACGGCCAACCUGCCCGCAGUUCAGGCGGACCUUCCAGAGUCGGAUACAGCUCUGGCUACGGGAGCCUUUGCGUUUAUGAGAGCAUAUGGUUCGAUCUGGGGGGUUUCGAUUCCCGCCGCCAUCUUCAAUGCCCAAUUCGACUCGCUCCUGUAUCUCAUUGACGAUGUCGGCAUUCGUGAGCAGCUCUCUCACGGCAAAGCGUACUCGUAUGCAAACGCGGAUCUCAUCAACAGCUUCCCAGAUGAUGGAAUUCAAGCCCAAGUCAUUGAUGUAUACACUCGCAGUCUCAGAUUGACAUGGUACGUCUCUCUCGGGUUUGCCGUGCUUGGAUUUCUCUUAUGCUUUGUUGAGAGGGAGAUUGAUCUACGACAAACUCUAGAAACCGAUUUCGGGCUUGAGGUAAACGAGGCGAAGAAUACAGGGAAAAAAAUCAGAUGA